AUGAGGAGGGAAAGCAGAAAAGACGUAGUUCUAAUAACAGGAGGUAAUGGUUUUCUUGGCCAGCACUUGGUUAGAGAAUUGGAAAUGAGAGAUGGAAAUAAUUUGACCGAAAUUCGAAUUUUGGAUCUAGUGCCUUAUAUUAAUAAGUUGGAUUUCAUAAAUGAAGUGCCAGUAAAGAGCUUUGUUGCUGACAUUUGUGACAAAGAAGCGGCGCGGCACGCGUUUAGGGGUGCGACGUGCGUAAUGCAUUUGGCCGCCUUCGUUGACUACUCCUUUCCUGCUGAUGCUGAUGAAUUGCAUAGAGUUAAUUUGGAAGGAACACAAACGGUUAUUGACCUAUGCAAGGAAGAAAAUGUGCCCAUUUUGGUACAUUGUAGCACAGCGGAGGUCACUCUGAGACCUCGUAUGGGACCUUUUCCAAUGGUCGUGGGACUUCCUGAGCACCGAGCUGAUCCACCUCACUACAUUGAUCAACUGCCACCUUAUGCUGCUUCAAAAUUAAGGGCAGAAAAAUUAGUACUAUCAGAAAAUAUGUCUUACUUGUCAAAUGGUAAAGACCGUUUGAGGGUCACAGCUCUGCGGCCAACUUUCUUAUAUGGAGAACUGGAACCACGCUUCACAAACGCAGCUAUCAAGGCGGCCUCAGCCCUCAAAGGACAUUUGAUAGACAUGCAAGGACCUGGUGGGCCAGGUUGCAAAAUGCAAUUCACUUAUGCAGGCAAUGCGGCAUGGGCGUUUAUUCGAGCCAAAGAUUCGCUUCAAGCAGAGCCUAUUACCAAUCCAAACUUGUCGGCAUGCGGUCUGCCUGUUUUGGUCACUGACGACACUUUGGUGCCACAUCCAUUUGACUUAAUGAAGAAAAUAUUGGGCCCUGACGUCAUAAAAGACUCCUACUAUUGGCUCCCUUUGGCCGCUUCACUGCCGAUUGCUUGGGCUAUUGAAAAAGUGACUACUGUGGUGGGUGGAAAAUUGCCCGUUCAUCCCACCGCUUUAGUGUGUAUUUUUGGUGGCGUCGCGUAUUUCAACGGCCUCAGGGCUGCGAUCUGUCUCAACUACGCGCCUCCAUAUUCUGAGAAGGAAGCACUACAAAACACAUCUAAAUAUUUUGCGCAUCGAACUAUGACAUGCUAA